ACCAAAAUCCUGCUCGACGGCGAGAUGCGCGCGCACGUGGCGGACUUCGGCCUCGCCCAGAGGAGCCGCGACGGGCAGUCGCACCUCACGACGCGCGUCGCCGGGACGCACGGCUACCUGGCCCCGGAGUACGCGCUCUACGGGCAGCUCACGGAGAAGAGCGACUUGUACAGCUUCGGCGUGCUGCUGCUCGAGAUAAUGAGCGCGCGGCGCGUGCUCGACAUGACGUCCCCGGCAGGGGCCGUGCUGAUCACCGACUGGGCGUGGACGCUCGUCAAGGCCGGCCAGGCGAGGGAGGUGCUCGACGAGGCGCUGUCCACCGCCGAGAGCCCGUGGUGCGGGGUCAUGGAGAAGUUCGUGCUCGUGGGGAUCCUGUGCGCGCACGUGAUGGUGGCGCUCCGGCCGACCAUCGGCGAGGCGGUGAGGAUGCUGGAGGAGGGGGACAUGGACGUGCCUGAGCUGCCCGACCAGCCGCUGCCGUACGGGCACAACGUCAUGUUCAGCGAAGCCGGAAGCAAUUUCAGCGCCUCACCGGCGUUCAGUGGCCGUUGGCCCCGUCCAUGGACAAUGGGGACAUGCUCAGGUGAUGAACCAGGCAAAUUUUUGUGGAUUGAUCGCAAAAUCUAGCUAAGAAUUAGAGGGAUGUAGGUAGUGACUGUAAG